CCUCACCACAGGCUCUGCGUGCCAGCACUCGCAUACAUCAAGUUUCGCGGCAUCUGUCUGUUACAGCAGCUACAAGCAACAAGAUGUCCUUCCCGAGCACCGUCCAAGCGAUUGCCAUCUCGAAGACCGGCGGAUUCGAGGUGCUCGAGAGGCAGGCCGUGCCGUUCCCGCAGCAGAGUCCAGGCCAAAUCUUGGUCAAGAUCAACUAUGCAGGUGUGAACACCAUCGACACCUACUUCCGCAAGGGCCUGUACCCCAUCAAGUCCUUCCCUCAAGUUCUGGGCAGCGAGGCGUCCGGCACCAUUGUCGCGCUCCCUACCGAUCCCAACGUACUGAACGACGCACGGUACAAGGCGCGUGGGUACAACGUUGGACAGCGGGUUGCAAUUUAUGGCCUCGGUGCACAUGCAGAGUACGUCGCGAGUAACUGGGUGCACACGUUCCCCGUGCCAGACGAGGUCGGACUGGACGUCGCGGCCGCCGCUCUCCUCCAAGGCCUCACCGUCAUCACGCAGAUGACCGAGGCGUACAACGUCCAAAAGGGCGACAUUAUCCUCGUGCACACCGUCGCCGGCGGCUUGGGCCUGCUCUUCGCCGCGUACGCCAAGUCGCGCGGUGCGACAGUCAUCGGCACGACGAGCACGCCCGAGAAGGCGGAGAUCGCCAAGUCGUACGGAGCAGACCACGUUAUACUGUACCCCAAGGAGAACACGGUGCAGCGCGUGCUCGAGAUCACGAACGGCGAGGGCGUGCAUGCGGUGUUCGACGGCGUGGGCAAGGACACUUUCAUGGCUAACUUCGAGCUGGUCCGCCGCAAGGGUACCCUUGUGAAUGUCGGCAACGCGUCCGGCGCGGUGGAGCCCAUCUCGCCUCUAAAGCUCUCCGCGAAGAAUCUCAAGCUUGUCCGUCCAAGUAUGACUAAUUACAUCACCACCGCCGAGGAGGCAGACUACUACUCUAAGGAGCUCUGGGACGCGCUCAAGAGCAAGCUUUUCAAAGUGCGCAUCUGCGGUGUGUAUCCGUUCUCGACCGAGGGGGCACGCGAGGCGCAGAAGGAUCUCACGACGCCAGGAGGAAAGCUCGCGGGAAAGAUCAUCAUCAAGGUUGCGGACGAGUGAUGUAGA